CAGUAACAUACGGACGCUACCGCCGCGGCGCCAAUCUGCAUAACUUCCUCACACUCUGCUAUUAAUAAAUACUGCAGUCAGCUGUAGUGCUGCCGUUGAUGUGGUGGCAUUCGCAAAUAUUACCGCGAUGGCCUUGAUAGCCGGUGGGGAACAUCUGGGCAACGCGCUGCCAGACAAGGUGCUCUGCCAGAUCUUUAAUCGGCUCGAUUUGAACAGCUUGAAAAGUGCCUCCCUCACAUGCCGUAGAUGGCACAAUCUCGUCUUCUUCAGCGAAUACGUCGAUCGGUUUCGAUUGCGAAUAGAUUCGCUCUACCGUUGGUUGCACUUUGAGCGAGCGGAAUGGAGCGAAAGGAAGUGCCAGCGGCUGCGACAUUCAGUGGCGCAUAGUGAACGGUGCUAUCGACAUGUGCGCGUGAUCAUCGGUGAAGAUAUGAUGGAGGGAUUCCAGUCGGUGUGGGAUUCACUGGUCGCGAAUGUCUUCACCAACGUGCUCUCGCUGGAACUGAGCAUACGGGAAGGUUCCGUGACGAGUGCGGUGGAUGCAGUGAUCGUUACGAUACCGCGUAUGCCGAAACUACGCUCACUAUCGCUAGAGGACUGCGCGGAUCAGCACUUUGACGGGGAACGGUUUCCUCCAAUCGUUCGAAGCAAAUCGAUCGAACAUUUAAAGAUGCAUACCAACUACCGGCUGAUGGUUGAUAUGCCGAAGCUGCUAUCCUUCGAUGGUCCACUGUGUGUUCUUUGUCCACCGUACAAGAGUCCUCUGGUGCUGCCGAAGCUGCAGUCUCUGACGUUACGGGAGAAUGACGAUUGGUUCUUUGGGCCUCCCGUCAUGGCGCGAUUGAUGCAUGUAGAAGUAAUGAGGUUGAAGUAUCGCGUCAAAGAUUUACUGUUCAUUGGCAUAUGUGACGAGUGUAGCGCGCUGAAGGAGCUGUACCUCGAUAGUGGUCUAUUCCUAGCUGCUCCAGGCAACAUAAAACAUCUUUCGAAGCUUGUUCGCCUUCGUCGACUAACGCUGAUGUCCAUCGAGACGAAGCGCAAUGUUCCGUUUGAUUUUGACUUAUCAAAAUUGACUCAUCUGAAGCAACUGAAUCUACCAUUCACGGCUUUAAGGCCCUCUGGUAUGGUCAACCUUCCGAAAACACUCCAAGUUCUAAGUCUGCGCAUUGACAGUAACAAUGAAGAAAACAUAAUACAGUAUACCACCUCCAACUGUGUCAAGUUGACAAAGCUCCGUUUGGUGUACGGUGACCUAACACGUGGCCAGCCAUCGAUGGACACACUGAGCGCUCUUCAACGCUUCACAAACCUAGAGGUCCUGGUGUUUGUGAAAGCCAAUCUUAACGAAUCGUUUACGCUAGGGUUGGAGCUUCCGAUGUAUCGACUGCGUAAGCUACGGUUUCAAAAUUGUCGAGCAGAUUGGAGCCAAAUCGGGCGCCUUUUGCAAAUAUGUCCCAACCUAAAGCAGCUUGAGUUUCCAGGGUGUAAUCUGACUUUGUACAUGCAGGAGUUGGAUGAGCAUUACCUUAGAGUCAGGUGCACGGAAGAAAAGUCUAAGAAGGCUUCUUGGCAUGAGCCAGAAGAUUGGUAGCGCUUCGAAAUGAUCAUCAUAGAUCGAGGAUCAUAAAAAUAAAAUGGUGAAGCAUUUGCAAACAUGACGGAAAGUAAACAGAAAUGAAAGAAUGUGUAGGUAAAGUAAGAAUCUCACAGAACAUUCUGCCUUUUCAUGAGAUGGAAUCUACUAACAAUUACUAAUAAGCUUAUCAAUUAUUAACCAGUAUUCGAGAUGCGUUUUUUAAAAUAUAAAUCGUGGUCUAUUAACCACAAAAAUUGAAUGUUUUAUGUAAAAACGAAAAGUUAAAAAUGUA